GGAUCGUUGGCGAAUGGCGAUAAAUGCCAAACAAAAGCGCGAAGGAAGAAAAGAAAACGAGUGAGAAGAAGCUGCUCAGCGGCAAUAAUGGCGGAUCCGAGAAAGGAAGGCUUCCUUACUUACGCUUACAUUCUUCUCUACAUAGCUCUCUCCAGCGGCCAGAUCUUCUUCAACAAGUGGGUGUUAUCAUCCAAAGAAAUAAACUUUCCUUAUCCUCUUGGAUUGACUCUGCUCCACAUGGUCUUCUCAUCUGUUUUAUGCUUUGCUCUCACCAAAGUUUUCAAGGUUUUGAAGGUUGAGGAAGGAAUGACAUUAGAAAUAUACACGACCUCAGUCAUUCCCAUUGGCGCGAUGUUCGCGAUGACUCUUUGGCUGGGAAACACUGCUUACCUCUAUAUUUCGGUGGCAUUUGCUCAGAUGCUGAAGGCUAUCAUGCCAGUAGCUGUUUUUGUUCUCGGAGUAGCCGCAGGACUGGAAGUGAAUAGCUGUAGAAUGUUCCUAAUCAUGUCGGUGAUAAGCUUUGGGGUUCUAGUUGCAUCUUAUGGCGAAAUUAAUAUAAACUGGAUUGGAGUUGUGUACCAAAUGGGCGGAGUUGUUGGAGAGGCCUUGCGGCUUAUAUUCAUGGAGAUUUUCGUGAAGAGGAAGGGCUUGAAGUUGAACCCCAUAUCUGUUAUGUACUACGUCAGUCCUUGCAGGCAUGUAUACUGUUUUCUUUUCCAGCGUAGUACACUGGUAGACUAUAGUGAUCACAAUUUCAUUGCUAUUGUCUUAUGCAGUGCCAUUUGCUUAUUCAUCCCAUGGAUCUUUCUAGAGAGACCAAGGAUGGUUGAACAAGGGACAUGGGAAUUCCAGCCUGUUAUCCUGAUGCUCAACUCUCUCUGCACUUUUGCACUCAACCUAUCGGUGUUCCUCGUCAUCUCACAUACGAGUGCACUGACCAUUCGAGUAGCUGGAGUUGUCAAGGAUUGGGUGGUUGUCUUGCUAUCUGCACUCCUUUUCGCUGAUACAAAGCUGACGAUCAUAAACCUGUUUGGCUAUGGCAUUGCUAUUGCGGGUGUAGCAGCAUAUAACAACCAUAAGUUGAAGAAGGAAACCUCUCGGGAUACUUCCAAGGACGCACAAGCACACGAGGCAGAGUCCAUUCCACUGACCACUUCGUCAACUUCUGAGAGUUAGAAUGAUGAUCAAAACAUAUACGUGAAUACAGUUUUCAGGUAUUUGUGUAUACAGAGUAUCUUAACUCCUAUUGUUCUAACUAGAAGCAAGCAAACUUGUACUAUAGGAUGUAUUCUUUUGGCCAUAGUUCCAAUUUUUUUUAUGUGAACUAUAAGUAUGAACAAUUGAUGUUCUACCCUUUCAAGUUCUUCACUAUCAAACAUAAAUUGUCAAUUGUAUCAUUAUUGUACAUGGAUGGAGCUUCAAAUGCCA